UUCACCCUGGCAGUCUCCGUGUGUGCUGUACUCCUCCUCCCACUCUCCAUCCUGUCCAAUGAGAUUCUGCUGUCCUUCCCACACAGCUACUACAUGCAGUGGCUCAACGGCUCUCUCAUCCACGGGCUGUGGAACCUAGUCUACCUCUUCUCCAACCUCUCCCUGAUUUUCCUCAUGCCCUUCGCCUACUUCUUCACCGAGUCCGAGGGCUUUGUCGGCUCCAAGAAGGGCGUGAUGGCGCGUGUGUACGAGACGGCGGUGGUGCUCCUGCUCCUCACUCUGCUGGUCCUGGGGAUCCUCUGGGUGGCGUCGGCACUCAUCGAUCACGAUAGCGCGGCCCGCGACAGUCUAUACGACCUGUGGGAGUGCUACCUGCCCUACCUGUACUCCUGCAUCUCUCUGCUCGGGGUCCUGCUGCUGCUGUUGUGCACGCCCUUCGGACUCUCGCGCAUGUUCAGUGUGACAGGGAGCCUGCUGGUGAAGCCCCGGCUCCUGGAGGAUGUGGAGGACACCAUGAGCUGUGCUGUGUUUGAAGAGGCGUCUCUGUCCCUGAAACUGACCCGCAAAACCUCCUGCUGGAUCAGCCUGAACAUCGAGGUUCUGAAGGAGGAGUUCCUCACCAUCCAGGCCAAACGCAUCGCACUGGAGAUGCGGAGGCGAGCGUCUCCAUGGCAGCGGAACCUGGGCUACCCCCUGGCCAUGCUGCUGCUGCUCGCUCUGACGGGGGCCUGUGUCCUGAUUGUGUUCCUGUGUUUAUCACUGUUUCUCAUUGUGUUCAAGUUCUCAUUGUCUGUCAGUGUGUUGACCCUUGACCCUGGGGUGCCAGGUACCUAA